CGUAAAACAAAAUAUGAUUUUGAGGCCCUUAUUGGGACCCGUUUCCAAUUAACAAUGUAACAUAAAAUAUAAUUCAUCAAAACAGUACAUCAGUAAACUAUAUAGGCAUAGUGAAAAUCCAUCAAGUGUAAAUUCUCCUACCCCAAAGACCAGGAUCAAUAAAGUUUGCGUGGGGGUCCACCAUCAUGAGCACUGCCGUGAAAUUAUCCUCGCCUCGACAGAGGAAACACAAACAAAAAACUGAAAAUAUGAAGCAAGAAAUUGUGGCGCAAGUUCAUAAACAAAUAAAGUCCACCACAAGUUCGGAUAAUGAUUAUGCCAAUUCGGAGGACAAUCUGGACGUGCCAAAGAGUGACAAAAACGAGAAUUAUAGCGUAGCUAUGGUAAAUAUUCCGAGCAGAGAAAUAUCUGUAGAUGGAGAAACUCAAAUAAACUCAAAAAUUAUAUCUCUUAUAGAAACUGAAAUGAAAAGAGAUAUUAACAAACACUCACACUUCACUGAGAGCAGGCCUCAAAGUUUGAGUUUUUACGAAGAUGAGAAAAUACCAGAAGAACUUUCCGGUAAUCUGGAACUGUUAAGUCCCGAAGAAAAAAAGCACUAUCGCAAACGGAAAGAAUACUCCCAAAUGGAUGUGGACGAACGUAAUGCCUAUAAUACAAUCCAAGACCUUUAUAAUUCCAGAGAUCCUGACGAAGUUCUAACUAGUUCCAGUAAAAAAUCCAAAUCUAAGAAAAAACGUUAUGGGGAUUCCGAAUUGGGAAUAGGAGAUAGUAGAGAGAUGAUGAUACCAAAGGAAAAGCGAAAAAGCAAGAAGAAAAGGCGAGAAGUUUCACCUGCCUCUAACGGAAAUGCUGCUAAACGAAAACACAAAAACAGGACCAAGAUUGACGAGGACCAGCUGAAAACCGACGUGACAUUGGCACUGGAAGAGCUUCAAGAUGACGUUUUCGAAAACAACAUUGAAGAUUUUGGUCAAAAAGCAGAAAAAAUGAAAAAAAGUCCUAGAAGAUCUGACAAAAUCUACGUGCAAAAAAAAUCGCGAUUUGAAGAAACUACCAGGCACAGUAACAUACCUUUGAGUCGUCAAAGCGCUCAAGACUUAGAUUCUUUAAGCAACUUGGAUAAAAAACUGAGCUCGAGAUAUCCAAUAGAAAUAGCAAUCUGCUUUCAAAAAUGGUGGAUGCGAAUUUCCACCCUCUGCCAUGGACUUUUAGGCGGUUUAGGCCUAGGACACUGGCUCUACAUUAUUUGCAAUCUGCAAACUCAAGACCACGCUUUUUUGAUUCAUUACGCUUACUAUAGUGAUAUCUAUGUAGGAAUUUUCUUUGCCUUGUGUGUCCUUUGUAUUAUAUCAGUAUUUGAUAGAAUGGACGUCGGUCAUCUGGAGUCGAACGAUUUAACUCUCUUUUUCAAACAAAGGAAAUGUUCUUUUGUUGUUAUCGUGUAUGUAACCUGCCUCACUGUACAUUUAUCAACUGCGCCCUAUGAUGAAAAACUAUCUUUAUUGGCCUAUAGGAACUACACGGCUGAGACUCCCAAAUAUGACUCGAACCAUACUGAAAUUUUGGCUCAAAAUAAUACUUUUACAGAAAACUUGAUAACUCACUCUGAACUAAAAACGUGGAACCAUUUAUCUCUCUGGCGAGCCCUUUUGGCGUUCACAGCCUGGAUAGUACUGGGUUUAGGACCACCGGAAGAUAUGUUCUACGACCACUUAAAGAACAUGGAACACUAUCUUCCAGAUAAAUAGUACCUACCUAGACACAAUAUAAGCUAUUUGUAUCUUGUAUCAAAGAAGAUGAAUGUCUCUAACUCUUUGUGAUAUCUAUAAUUGUUGAAGAAAAUAAUAUCUUUCAAAGACUGUAUGAAUUAAAAAUAUAAUUGUUUAUUAAAAAUAAUA